GUGGAGAACACUGGCUGUUUGCACUCGGGAGCGACGCAAUUUUGGGAGAUUUACAGCAAUAGAUACCCAGAAAUACCCAAAUAGUAACAAUGUCUCAUGCAUGGGGAUACGCACCGGACAAUGGACCCGACAAAUGGUGUGAAGGCUUCCCAAUUGCCAACGGACCCCGCCAGUCUCCCAUUGACAUCGUACCUGGGGAGGCUGCCUUCGACGCAGCCUUGAAGGCGCUCACUUUGAAGUACGACCCUUCCACCUCCAUUGACAUUCUCAACAACGGACAUUCCUUUCAAGUGACCUACACCGACGACAACGACAACUCAACUCUGACAGGGGGGCCCAUUUCAGGGACGUACAGGCUAAAGCAGUUCCACUUCCACUGGGGCGCCAGCGACGACAGGGGUUCUGAGCAUACCGUGGCCGGGACCAAGUAUGCUGCCGAGCUCCACCUGGUACACUGGAACACCAAGUACCCCAGCUUUGGUGAUGCUGCUAGCAAGUCUGAUGGCCUUGCUGUUGUAGGAGUCUUCCUCCGGAUUGGAAAUGAAAAUGCCAAUCUUCAGAAGGUCCUUGAUGCUUUUGAUGCCAUUAAAGCCAAGGGCAAGCAGACCUCUUUCGGGAAUUUUGACCCCACCAUCCUGCUCCCCAAGUCCCUAGACUACUGGACUUACGACGGCUCCCUGACCACACCUCCUCUGCUGGAGAGUGUCACCUGGAUCGUCUGCAAGGAGUCAAUCAGCGUCAGCCCUGCCCAGAUGGGCAAAUUCCGGUGCCUGCUUUUCUCUGGAGAGGGCGAGGCCGCCUGCUGCAUGGUGGACAACUACCGCCCCCCUCAGCCCCUCAAGGGCCGCGCUGUGCGUGCAUCCUUCAAAUAAAUCCCCCUGCCCCCCAAUCCCCUCCCCUGCUUA